UUGAUGAGAGUCGCAGACAUGGUGCGGCGUAGGCUUUUGGGCUGGUUGGCCCGCGUGGGUGCCGUGCUGGUUUUACUAUGCUGCUCCUUGUUGUUCAUCUACUUGAUGACCUGCAGUCCCCUCCCCUUAGAGCCCCACGCUGGUGUCAAUCAGCUCAGCCUCGGUGAAAUGAGCCUUGGGGUGGAGGUAGGCAUGUCUGGAACUGGGCGAGCUCACCAAAGCGGGGUACCCCCAAUGAUUCACUCCUACCAGGCGCUGCUGCAAGAGCUUGAAGAGAAACACCGCCUGCACAUCUCCUCACUGAAGAAACAAAUUUCUCAGCUCAAAGAGGCGUUGCAGGAGCGUAGUCAGCAGCUGAAAGGUGUGCAAGACAGCCUAAAGAAAGCUACCGUUGGGGCAGACGUGCAUGGGUUACCGGCUGGUGACCUCGGAAAUGCCCCUGGAGCCAAAAGCCAGCAGGCGAACCUUCAGGACUUCCUGAGAAGCCAGAUCUCCAAAGCUGAGAUAACGGCCGGAGCCAGGAUACAUAGCGAAUAUGCGGUGGUACCCUUUGAGAGCUUCACUCUGCAGAAAGUCUACCAGCUGGAGAUGGGCCUGUCACGGAACCCUGUGAGGACUGACAAACGGGAAGAGCUAGGCGAGGUGCUUGAGACUGCCCUGCGCAACCUCAACACACCGACAGGGCAACUGGACAGCAAGAGUAGCAAAGUCUACUCGCAGUCCGACUUUGUUGAAGGCAUCACGCGCACAGAGAAGGACAAAGGGACAGUGUAUGAGCUGACUUUCCGAGGGGAAUCCAGUCAGGAAUUUCGUCACCUGGUUUUCUUCCGGCCCUUCGGUCCACUCAUGAAAGUGAAGAGUGAGCGCGUGGACACGACAGAUGUGCUUAUCAAUAUUGUGCUGCCGCUGUCCCGACGCACAGACAACUUCAAGCAGUUCAUGCACAACUUCAGAGAGAUCUGUGUGCACCAGGACGGCCGCGUCUACCUCACAGUGGUCUAUUUUGGGAAGGAUCAACUGAGCGAGGUCCAACACAUUCUGGAGAGCACAUUCAGGGAAGUCAACUUCAAAAACUACACUCUCCUACAGUUGGAUGAGGAUUUUUCCAGAGGUAGGGGAUUGGAUAUCGGGGUCCGAGCGUGGAAGGGCGGCAACGUGCUGCUCUUCUUCUGCGACGUUGAUGUCUACUUAACCGCAGACUUCCUCACAACUUGCCGUCUCAACGCACAAUCUGGAAAAAAAGUAUUCUACCCAGUGUUAUUCAGCCAGUACAAUCCAAAAUUGAUCUACGGCGGUCCUGAGCACAUCCCGCCAGUGGAACAACAGCUGGUGAUAAAUAAGAAGACGGGCUUCUGGAGAGAUUUCGGAUUCGGCAUGACCUGCCAGUACCGCUCAGACUUUAUCAACAUAGGAGGUUUUGAUAUCAACAUCAAAGGCUGGGGCAGCGAGGAUGUGUACCUGUACCAAAAGUACCUUCACAGCAACCUCCUGGUGGUGCGGGCUCCGUCGCGCAACCUCUUCCACCUAUGGCACGAGAAGCAUUGUGCUGACAAUCUUGCACCCAAGCAGUACAGCAUGUGCAUGCGGUCCAAGAUCAUGAACGAGGCGUCGCACCAACAGCUUGGCUUGCUCUUCUUCCAAAAAGACAUUGAAGCACAUCUGCGCAAGCAGAACACGCAACAAAAACAAUAA